AUGAUGGAAACUCUGGAAGGAGCUGAACUCUGCAUUCCACAGCUAAACUCAUCCUGCAAGAAGCCGACACAGCCUCACACUGCAGUGAUUUUUGUUCUGCUUUCUUUUGUUUCCAUCAUGACUGUGGCUCUUAACCUUCUGGUCAUCAUUUCCAUCUCCCACUUCAGGCAGCUUCAGACCGCCACCAACCUCCUUAUUCUCUCUCUGGCUGUCUCUGACCUCCUGGUAGGCUUCCUACUAAUGCCAGUUGAAAUCAUCUACACUGAGACAUGCUGGUUUCUUGGUGACAUUCUAUGCACUCUUUAUUAUGUUGUAGACUACAUCAUUACCUCUGCCUCAGUAGCCAGCAUGGUGCUCAUUUCACUUGACCGCUAUAUUGCUAUUUGUGACCCUCUACGCUACCACAGCAAAGUGACAAAGAGAACAGCACAGAUCUAUGUUUGUUUGUGUUGGGUUUGUUCUGUUAUUUACAGGAUUGUUCUCUUGAAUGAUCACCUGAAGAAACCAGGCAGGUCCAACUCCUGCAUUGGAGAGUGUGUGGUUGUCAUCAAUCAAAUUGCAGGAGUUAUUGACCUUGUUUUCACCUUUAUCAUACCCAUUUCUGUCAUUGUAGUUCUGUAUUCAAGAGUAUUCAUGGUGGCUGUGUCUCAGGCCCGAAACCUGCGGUCUCAAAUUGCUGCUGUGACAGCCCAACAUUCAAGGACUUUGAGUGUGAAGAAACCUGAGAUAAAAGCAGCCAGAACUCUUGGCAUUGUUGUAGUUGUGUUUCUGUUUUGUUUCUGUCCAUACUACUAUCCCACUCUGGCAGGUGAAAACACUUCAAUUGAUGCUUCAGUUGCAGCAUUUCAGCUGUGGUUGGCACACUUUAAGUCCUGUUUAAAUCCUGUCAUUUACGCUUUUUUCUAUCCCUGGUUUAGAAAAUCUGUUAAGCUAAUUUUGACACUUCAAACACUGAAGCCUGGUUCUCGUGAUUCUAAAAUACUGUACUGA